UAAGUGGUUUAUAGGUAAAGAUUCUCAGAACGAGCACUUCAGUCAUUUGGGCUUCCGGUUUUUAAAUAAUGGCGUCUGAAACUACUAGUGCAAUCUUGCCAUCUAGUGGUAUGUUUCCGUUCGUAUUUCUUCGAGAACGCCAAGCCGUCGAUUCAGAAACGUUUCAGGCUUUGCGUGUUUAAAAACAGAAAUGUGAAGCUUGUAAAAGCAAUUCCAAGACGUCUUAGAAGACCUAACCUUCCUCAAACGUAUCUGUCUUCAGAAUUCCUAGAACUUCACAGACAGCACUGGGGGGCGCUGUGACAUUUCUGACGCCAAAAAAAUCGUCGCUCUGAUUGGUCGAGGACCGAGCGCUUCGUCCAAUGACCAGGAUGUCCCCGUUUUCAAAUCGACUCGGAGAUAUCAAACACUCGGCCUGUUUAGAGAUCUGAGACCCGCCUGCUAUUGAAAUGGAGAGCUUUCUAAGGUGGAAGCUUGCCCAGGCCAGUGGCAACAUAUUGAGCGGAUCUUCUCUUCAAAAACCUGUUUCCUCUUACCAGCCUAACAAAUUGCCGGAUCUGUGUUCUAGUUUCUAUUCAAUUGCAGAUGAACCUUUUCCUCAAGUGUCUGGAUUUCUUGAUGACACCGUCGGCCCUUCGUUUCUUUCAAAUGAAACAGGAACUGUGUUGAAUUCCCCUGCUUGCACGCCAUCGGAAAAUCAAGCAAAAAAUAAGGAAGAAGGAGUUUUAGCACCAAGAAAAGAAGCUAACAAUGACUCUGGCCUUAAUUGCUCUCUUGGAGCGCACUGUCAGUCGGCAAAAGGAAGCACAUCUACUAGAUCGCCACAGAAUGAGAAAGACAUUACUACUGCAACGGCGGGUAAAGCAGAUGGCGACUGCAUUGAUGCCACAGUAUCCACUACAUCUUUAGAGAAAUCUGAUUUAAUUAGUGUAGAGUUGAAGAACAGCACUUUUGAUGUGUCCCAAGACUCGAAAGAACGCUCUGACGCUGGAAUUAAUGCAACUGUCGAGCUACACAACAUCAGAGAGAAGAACAGCACUUUUGAGUCUCAAGAGCCUAGACUCAAUUUAACAGUGGAUAUUGAUGUACUCAAUACAAAGACUGAGUCAGGAAACACCACUGUUGAACUGGUCCAGUCACAUGACCCUAAAGAAGGACCUGACACUGGGGUUAAUACAACCGUGGAUAUUUCUAAUCUAGGCGGCGCACAAUCUAAAACUAAUUCAUGUAUUGAUAGCACUGUACCAUUAAACACUACCACAGAACAGCCAAAUGAAAAGCUCGAAGGAAUUACAGACAUUCAGCCACAAAAGAAACUGGAUAGUAGUUUUAAUUCUACUGAGGCUGAAACAAUAAAAAACACAGAAGAAGCUAACUUAAAAGCCAAUGUAACCGUUGAUAUUGUGGAGCAAACAGCCAGUGCUCCUCUUCAACCCUCUGGUGAGGUUGAACAGUCAGACAUGGCUCCUAUAGAACAAGCUGAGACGAUUAAAUGUAAUACAACCACUGAUCUAACUCCUCCAGAAGUUCUGGUUUUGAAGGGCACCACUGAUGAAAUAAUGCCCUCGAGCACAGAGUUAGCUGACCAGGUUAAUGAUGCUUCUGAGUCUGUAGGUGUCACUAAAACAGCCUCUAACAGCAGAGACGCAGAAGUUGAGAUAAGCACCACAGCUUUUGUUUGUUCUGUCAACGCGCCUGAUGAAGCUCCUGAUGACGCUCCUGAUGACGUUCGUGAGUUUAAAGCGGAGGAUCAUCACAAAAAACCCUCAAGUCCUGGAUUGACAGAUGCUGAGUCUAUUCCUUCUUCCGAUAUGGGAAAUAUCAGCAGAAACAGUAUUUUUUGUUUAGAUGAUACUUUGGACAUGAAGACUAGCUUCCUGGUUACAUCCACGCCUAUCGUUUUUGGCAAAGAAUCCAGGUUUGAGAUAAUGAGAGACGUGAAGCCCAGAAAGAGGCUGUCUGUGAUCAACAGCAUGGAGGCCCAGUCGAAUGAUGAGCUGGUUUGUGCAAGUAAUCAUGACGGAACUGAUGCUGCGCAGGCGACUGAGAGUUCAAGUCAGGAUCAGAAAGUCUCCGCAACGUGCACUUUAAGUCACGGUACAUCAGAACCAGCAAAUGAAAACAAGCCUACCACAAAACUUCCCAUCAAAAGACAGCUUCCUCAGCUUUCCUCUAAGCUGAGUUAUCCCAAAUCCAGUCUUCCUCCAAGGCCUCAGUUGUCCGUGAACUCUUUGGUAACGGUCAAACCGAAGACUCUCCCUGGUCCGCCAGCCCUGCAUCAGCCCGACGCAUCAUCCACCACCCUGCCUGCCAACAGGAAGAUGGUACAGAUGACCAAGGGCAAGAAUAUUGUACCCGUCAAGAGCAUAGCGUCGACUAGUACUGUUAAGACCUCUAUGGUUUCUGCAGUCACUGGAUGUAACUUUGCUGCUGUUGCAAAACCUUCAAGCUCUGGUGUACAGCAAAUAAAACCAUCAGGACUACCGCCACCAACCCGUAAAAGACUGGCCCUCAAGACCCCUCAGACUACACGACCCACUGUAGAACCGGGUCAGACUCAGCACAGUAAUAAAUCGACAGGACUGACAGGUAUGAGGACGAGGAGUUCACUGCUUCCCAGUGUGGGCCAAAAGCACUUGAACAAUGAGGGUUUGCCUUCGGCAAAGAGAAAAAGAACUGCACCUGCUCUGUCUACAGUAGAGAGUGAUGCUGUGCAUGCUGCUGAAGGAGCGCAUGAACCAGGUUGUAUUAAUUGCUUGCAACACCAAGAAAAACUUGAAAGGCUCAUUCAAGAACUAAGGGGUUUGCAUUCAGAGUGUAAAAACUGGGGACCGUUGCACGAAAAACUCGAAAUGUGCAUAGAGGAGCUGAAGAGAAUUUAAAUUGUUAAAAGAGAAAAGAAGAAAAGUGACACGGAAAGUUAUUUUUGAAAUGUCUAUGCAGUUCUAUGCAUUUUUAUGUGCUUUUAAAAAAUGUGACACUGUUUAAUAAAAUGUAACCCAUUCAAAUGCAUUGUCUGCCUUAAGUGUCUCGCUAAUAAAAUGACAAUAUCAUUUA